GCUGUUUGUCCAGCCGUCGCUCCAACAAUGCAGCUUUUAAUGGUGCUGUGAGCGGUGCGAACUGAAAACGCAGCAACACCGCAGGCUUGUCCGGUCACUGUAGUCGUCCACAUUUUAACACAGCGACAUUUGGACGGUUUGACAAACCUGCCGCGCGGCCGUGACUCAGUUUUUAGGACAUCCUGGACUCUUGUGCUGUGGCUGUUUUGACAAGGACGAGAAGAUUUCAUAAGUCCCAUCUCCAGUGGAAUUCCUGACAAGGGGCCAGAAAAUGAGCACAACACAGACAAAAGCAACGGGUCAACCCAGCUAUCUGGCUGACCUGUGAGCAGCCAUGCUCUCCCUGCAGCACACAUCGAGGGGAACCCCUCUCUACACGCGGGACUGUUUUCUGACAUAGAUUUAGAAGAAUAGCUGAACCUCACAAUAGAAAUGGCAUUAGUUUGUGUGCGCUAUAACACAUCAGAGUACAUAUUAGAAUACAGGUGAGGCUGAACCUCUAGCCAAUAUCCACAGGACGCUUAAGAGGAGGGAGACAGCCUCAGAUGACCUUUACACAAGGACGGAGCCACAGCCCAGCUUUGAUGAUUUAGUAUCCAUCCCGCUGCCUUGCUGACAAGGUCGUAUCAUGGCUGCUGCUGAUCCCCAUAGCAACAGUUCCUUGGUGGGGCGGGGUGCAGACUGAGAGAGUCAACAAUGCAGCGUAACGGUGGUGGAGUGGGUGCCGGUGGCCAGCCAUGGGUGUUGCGGCGUGUGCGUCUCACCUGGCUCAGUUUCAUGCUCUUCUUCAUCCUGGUCUUCUUCCCACUCAUUGCCCACUACUACCUCACUACCAUCGAUGAAGCUGGGGGUCCUGAUAAGCGCAUCUUUGGGCCGCGGCCCGGUGGCGAACUAUGUGAGGCCAAGCAUGUGCAGGAUCUGUGUCGUAUCCGUGAGUCGGUCAGCGAGGAGCUGCUGCAGCUGGAGGCCAAGAGGCAGGAGCUCAACGGGGAGAUUGCCCGACUCAACCUGCGCAUCGAGGCCUGCAAGCGCAGCAUUGACAGCGCCAAGCAGGAUCUGCUGCAGCUCAAGAAUGUUAUCAGCCAGACAGAGCAUUCCUAUAAAGAACUAAUGGCCCAGAAUCAGCCCAAACUAUCACUGCCGGUCAGGCUGCUGCCAGACAAGGAGGACCCAGGACUGCCACCACCCAAGUCUGCGCGCUCCUGCCGCCUACGCUCCUGCUUCGACUAUGCGCGUUGCCCUCUUACGUCUGGGUUUCCUGUUUAUGUGUACGACACAAUCUCCUAUUCAUGGGCGGACUAUAUUGACCCACUGGUGAAGCAGGCUUUUGCAGCGUCAGUUAAGAGCAACAUUUAUAUAACUGAUAACCCCAGCAUUGCCUGUCUGUAUUUGGUGCUGGUAGGGGAGCUACAGGAGUCCUCCUCCCUUCCUCCAUCCCCUGCAGAGCUGGAGAAGCAACUAAAAGCUCUCCCAUACUGGAGAUCUGAUGGACAUAAUCAUGUACUGGUGCAUCUUUCUAGAAAAUCCAUGACACAGAACUUCCUGUAUAAUGUGAGCACAGGACGGGCAGCAGUCGCUCAGUCCACCUUCCUGGAGCAGCAGUACCGUGAGGGCUUUGACUUGGUUGUGUCCCCACUGGUUCAUGCCCUCUCAGAACCAAACUUUUUGGAGGUGCCCCCUCAAGUUCCUGUAAAGAGGAAAUACCUCUUCACCUUCCAGGGGGAGAGGGUGGAGUCACUGAGGAGCAGCUUACAGGAGGCACCCCCUCAGUCUUUCGAGGAGGAAAUGGAAGGAGACCCACCAGCAGACUACGAUGAUCGCAUCAUCGGUACCUUAAAGGCGGUGCAGGACAGCCACUUGGAUCAGGUGCUGGUGGAGUUCACCUGCAAGAACCCACGGCCAAGUCUGCCGACUGAGUGGGCUCUUUGUGGAGAAAGGGAGGACAGGCUGGAGGUGCUCAAGGCUUCAACUUUUGGCUUGGUGAUUGCUCCAGGGGAUGGACAGCUGGUGGCCUCGGCAGGCUGUGGGAUGAGGCUCUUUGAGGCCCUCGAGGUAGGGACCAUCCCAGUCGUGCUGGGGGACCACUCCAGACUACCAUAUCACCAGUUUAUUCGUUGGAGUGAAGCUGCCAUUAUAGUCCCCAAGCCUCGUGUCACAGAACUACAUUUCCUGCUACGCAGCCUAUCAGACAAUGAUAUGCUAGCAAUGAGGCGGCAGGGCCGCUUCCUGUGGGAGACCUACUUUUCCACCUCAGAGAAUGUUCUUAACACCCUUCUGGCCAGCAUCAGAACCAGCAUCCAGGUCCCUGCUGCACCUAUCAAAGAAGAGCCCGCCCACGAGAUUCCCCACAAAGCAGGGAAACUGGCAGGAACUGAUGCCAACCUGGCUGACAAUGGCGAUCUUGAUUUAGGUCCUGUCGAGACAGAGCCCCCCUACGCCUCUCCGCGCUUUCUGCGCAACUUCACUUACACAGCUGCAGACACCUACAGAGCAUGGAACCGGGCCCCGGGGCCUUUCCAUCUCUUCCCUCACACUCCUCUGGACCCUGUGCUGCCCUCUGAAGCUAAAUUCCUUGGCUCAGGUACUGGUUUCAGGCCUAUCGGUGGAGGUACGGGAGGCUCGGGGAAGGAAUUUCAGGCAGCUCUAGGAGGGAAUGUGCCCCGAGAACAGUUCACCGUGGUCAUGCUGACUUACGAGAGGGAGGAGGUGCUGAUGAACUCUCUAGAGAGGCUAAAUGGACUGCCGUACCUCAACAAAGUAGUGGUGGUGUGGAACUCACCCAAGCCUCCUUCGGAUGACCUGCUGUGGCCAGACAUUGGCCUGCCAAUUGUGGUUGUCCGCACAGAAAAGAACAGCCUCAACAACCGCUUCCUUCCCUGGGAUGCCGUGGAAACCGAGGCCAUACUGUCAAUUGAUGAUGACGCUCAUCUCCGGCACGAUGAGAUCAUGUUUGGGUUCAGAGUGUGGCGCGAGGCCAGAGAUCGCAUCGUGGGUUUCCCCGGGAGGUAUCACGCGUGGGACGUCAACCAUCAGUCCUGGCUCUACAACUCCAACUACUCCUGUGAGCUCUCCAUGGUCCUGACAGGAGCGGCUUUCUUCCACAAGUACUACGCCUAUCUGUACUCCUACGUGAUGCCCCAAGCCAUCAGGGACAUGGUGGACGAGUACAUAAACUGCGAGGACAUCGCCAUGAACUUCCUGGUCUCACACAUCACUCGCAAACCACCCAUCAAGGUAACGUCACGUUGGACUUUCCGCUGUCCCGGCUGCCCUCAGGCCCUUUCACAUGACGACUCGCAUUUCCACGAACGCCACAAGUGCAUCAACUUCUUCGUCAAGGUGUACGGCUACAUGCCGCUGCUGUACACGCAGUUCCGCGUGGACUCUGUGCUGUUUAAGACUCGAUUGCCCCAUGACAAGACCAAGUGUUUCAAGUUUAUCUAGCAUCGGGCUGAGUGGCCCAGCAAAGAGCCAAAAGCGGCAAGGAUUGAAGGACUGGAAGUGUUUAAAGAACAGCAGCUCCCUGUGCGAGCAGUGAUGGAGAUGGAUGGAUGGGCUGCCAGAUGAAUGCACAGAAGUAAAGUUUGGAGUAAGGAUUUUGCCCGAGGAGGGAGAGACGAGUUGACCUUAAAAGCUGUUGGCUUGGUGGUCUAAUCCACAGCUCUGCUGAAAAUUUGAAGAGUGGAAGCUGAAAGGCACCACUGCCAACAAAUUAAGCCUUUUCAGUGGAUGUCACUCCUCCUUUUUCAUGUUCUUCAAUCACGCUCAAUCAUCAACCACUACAGAUGUCAUUUGCACCUCUUAAUGGCCUGCUGAGGAAAGAGGACGGUUGUACACAGUGUACAGAAACUCCCCCACGAUAAACUCUGCCUGACAAUGGAGCUAUCAGUUACUGAAUCACUGACAGACUGAUGUCAGGCCGCGUUCGCCCAGCAGCUUGUUGACAGUUAAAGCUGGGAGAGCAGACGUGGCAGCGGCACAUUGCUGCCAAUGCGCUUCUUUUUUUUUUUUUUUUUCUUUUCAUUUUACAGUUACAAACUGUACUUCUUGUACAUGUACGUGAGAGAAGCACUGAUGGAGAAGUAUUUUAUUGAACGUUUUUUCCUUUUUUUUAAAAUAAUGUCGUUUAAAUGUGUAAAUCUCUAUGUCGGAUGAACAUUUUCCAGAACCUCUGCCUGUGGGAGAUCAGACACAGACUCGUUAGUCUGAGAACGAGACAGGACCUCGACUGAAGAGUUAAACAGGUUGGCCCGAUCAUGUUUAGUAACGCUACGUGUUCAAGAAGGAAUUCACUUCAGCGGUCACCAUAAUGCCUCAAAAUUUGUCAUGAAAACCAGCCACCAUUUUGUCAUUUUGUUAUGCUUACAGGACUGGCCUGGCCUGUUUUUUAUGCUAUAGGGUGUUUACUAAUGUUUGUAAAAAUGGUCCGAGGUUGAAGUAGUCAUGUUUAAAUGUAAUAAUAUUAACCAAUCAAAGGUUACAAUGUCCUUUACAGAAGUGCAACAAAGUCAAGAAUCACUGCUGCCAAAAUCAACAAAAAAUAGGUUUGGAUGUCUAAUUAAGGUUGUGAUUAUAGAGACAGUUAAAUGUACUAUUAGGAUUAUGGUAAAAAAAAAUGUUAAAGAGAACAGCUUGACAUUAUAGGAAACAAACUUAUUUGCUGUCAUUAGGAGCGUGAGAUGAGAAGAUCCAUACUGGAGAUACACCAAUUGAUUGGCUGGUGACUGCAAGUGGACGAUUUUCAGAUUAAUCGGCCAUGACUGAUGACCGACUGGUCAGAUGUAGCCGAUCCCAUGUGGAUAAAAUUUACAUGCAUGCAUGGCACGAUCACUUACGUCACAAAUAUCAGCACAGACCAUAACUGUCCGCCAGUGUAAUUCAUUCCCGUUUGUGCUUCACAUAGCUUGAAGGUAUUGUGUUAAGCUAACUAGCAAACUGAUGUGUCACCCAAAUCUGUAACUGUAGCAAAGUGUAGUAUCGCAAAGCUAAUGCCAAGUAUUUCAAGUAGGUGAACGGCAGAUGCUAAAACACUUAGCUUCUUAGUCCAGGAGAAAUAACUCAAUAAAAACACAAUUAUGGGAGGUUAACCCUAGUUUGCUAAUUAGCAGAUUAGUUUAGAUAACUAGCAGACUACUCGGGUAGUUGAUAACAAACUCAAAGGGUUUGCAUAGAAAAGCUAAUGCUGACUGUUUCAUGCAAGUGAAUGGAAAAUGCUAAAGCUAAUUAGCGCCAUAUUCUGGGAGGUAUAGUUAAAUAAAAACACAGAGUUGGGUGGUCUAACCAAGUUUGCUAGUUAGUCUAGUUAGCUUUCUUCCUGAGUGGGGUCCAUUUCAUAGAUUUGGUGGUUUAUUCCAUGGUCGCAAAAAGUUUUAGUGCUAGUGAUUAAAAUGAAAACAAAAUGGUGACGUUACUUGAGUGAAAAUGGAGCUGUCAAUUAAGCGUGAUCUGAUCUGCCCACACAAACCUGACAAAUGCUGUUCUUGAGCUAGGUCUUCUAAUAGUUAUGAACAUGUAUUUUCACUGAUGCUUAACGGGACGCUCCUCCUUGAUACCAUAUUCGCAUUUUAACUACUUCAAGACAAGUUUCCAGUAGCUUUAAAGAAAAGAUCAAACGUGUUGUGUAUGUCGUCAGUUGUAGUUCUCAGAAGGAAAGAAAAUCAGGAUCAGCCAAAAUUGGAAUCGACUAAGAAAGUUGCAGUCUGUGCAUCUCUAAUCUAUACUUUAAUCACAUCUGUCCACUUAGCUUAGCAUAGCAUAAAGACUGGAAAUGGGCAGUAACAGCUAGCCUGCCCAUCAGCACCUCUGAAGCUCACUAACAUCUGUGAAAUCUGGUGUACAAACGACAAACUGUUUACCCUGCUCAAGUCCUUAUGCUAAGAUAAGCUAACUGGCUGCAGGCUACAACAGUUAGCCUCGUAUUUGACAAACAGCUCGUCUCAUCUUACUCUCCACCAAACAGCAAAUAAACAUGUUGAGCUAUUCUCUUUAACAUGUCGCCAGUUCUGGCUUUGAGACAGAAGUACUAAAUAUUUCCCGCCAUUCAUGUCACCCUCCUGUAUAGAACUUUCUCAGCUCAGACAGAAACGUCACUUUACAGUGUCACCAUAUUGGUUCCACUUUGUUUUUUGUCUUUUUUUUUUUUUUUUUUUAACCAUUGCUUGAUGAAUGUUUUCUUUGCCAAAUAGGUACGAUGUCUGCUGCUUUACAGCAUAAUUUGCAGGGUGCGCAGUGUGAAUGGUUGCUAAAGGGAUGCAGUCUGGUACACCCAUAUCCACUCUGCAUGGUACUUUAGUAGAGUCGAUCCAUUCAAAGCCUUUCCCAUCGUGUAUUAUAAAUACAGAUCCUUUAUUUGACCAGAUUUAAUUCCUGUAAUCUGAACAAAAGGUCAACCUAAAAAGAUCCCUUUAAAAAAUAUCGAGAAAAGCUAAGGUAUUUUUCCCCCAAAUAAGGUUCUAAGUGUGAGGAUGCUUUUAUGAAACUCUCACAAGUCCACGGUUCCUGUAUAUUUAUUGAAUAUAUUAUUAAAAAAAGAUUUUUUUAAAACUGAUAAUGACACAUUCAAUAAAAUGAGAAGACAGUGUAGUUUAUUAUUCCUUAUCUUAAAGAGGUCCCGUCAGCUUAUUUCAUUGCCUGGGAAAACUAGCUUGUGCCACCGAAUGCUUAGGACGGUUUUAACUGACCUUAGAGCAGCACUCAGGCAGGCAAAUGUGUUUUAUAGACGUCAAGACGACCUGGGUCUUAAAAAGGUCGAAAUGUAACAGAUGGUCAUAAACGGAGCUUCUGCAACAGUCAGUGGACAGGCAGUAAAGCGUCUUUGAAGCCAAACCUACCUGCUCCAGCUGGCUGCUGCUGCUCCUCUGGCCCCUCCAGUUAAAAUAUAAAAAUAUUUGAUUGGGCAUGUUUAGCUAAAAUGGAUUAAACAAAGAGCCAGAUUCUGCAUUACACUGGCGCAAAAUGGCUGCACAGCUAAAACAAAUCCAAAUUUACACUGCUGCACCAGACUUGAAAAACCAGCCUGUCUUCUCACCUCGUCACACCUGAACACUUUUAUUGGAGCUCCGGGGGCUUCAUAAUUACCUGGCUGACUAAACCUGUCCUGGGGCGUAAAUAGGGUCAGCUGGUAUUCUUUCUGUAAGUCAAAGCCUCCCUCCUCAAGGAUCUGUGGCACAGCUGGUUUUCCGUGGCCGAGAGCAGGAUAAACGUCCCUGGGAGGCCGCAGUCACUCUGCUAGGAGUUUUGAAACUAUGUGCUCCUGGGUCUGAUCCACGACUGUGGGCGAGGCUCCAGCCACCUGCAACGCUGCUUGCGCUGUGCCAGAAUGAUGACUGAUGACAGCGUCAAACAUACCAUUGAAGGCCAGAUUAAUGGAAAUAAAAACUUUCAACAUUGUUAAAACAUUA